UUUCCGACAUCUUUCAGCUAUACAGACGAAGCCAGCAUAGGGAGCGUCUACCUGCUAGUUAAUCAUGCAGGCGAUAUUUUCAACUCGAAGCGUAUCAACGGCGAUAAUAACGUCACGCAAGGCCACUCGGCAGGUGUACAGCUCUGUGUAUGGUCGCUCUAGGAACCACUCGACCAAUCAUUCAGCUACGCCCGCUUCCUAUAUCUAUGGGGUGCCCACUCCGGCUCAGGGAGGACCAUCGAAACCCCCGGUGAUCCAGCAACGCCCGAUCGAAGCAACAACUGCAACGCCCAACAACUUGGCUCCGGAGCAGAGGAAACUGUUGGAGGAGACGAUCAGGGUAGAUCAUAUUGGAGAGGCUGCGGCAAACUGGAUCUAUCAAGCUACCAAGUUUGUCUCCGAGGUCAAGGGUGACAAGAAGACGGCUCAACAAGUCGAAGAAAUGUGGGCAACGGAACGGCAUCAUCUCGCAACCCUUCUGCGUCUCCAGAAACAACAUCGCGUCCGACCGACAAUUCUCUACCCAAUCUGGAAGGCUAUGGCUAUGGGACUUGGAGCGGGAACGGCUUUGAUGGGCAAGCGAGCGAUUAUGGCGUGUACAGAGGCUGUUGAGACUGUCAUUGGGGAGCAUUAUGAUGACCAAAUCAAAGCGCUCUCGGCAGUGCUUCCGCCCUCGACAUCGAACUCUUCUCCACCUCAAGCUCAUACAUCCUCCACAACGGCCAUCGUUGAGCCCGACCAUACCUCUUCUGGCGUACCAUCCUCAUUCACCACCACCUCCUUGCCGACGUCGGAGGUACAUCCCUCGCUCCCGUUGCUGCAUGAAGUCUUGCAAGAGUUUAGGGACGACGAGCUAGAACACCUGGAUGUCGCAGUGGAAAAUGAGGCGCAGUUGACACCGGGCCAUGCACUGUUGAGCGCUGUCGUCGGGGCAGGUUGUAGAGCGGCGAUCAGGGUGGCCGCCAAGAUCUGAGCCGCUUGACACUCGGGUUGGGGGUCAAGCCUUUGAUCUACACUGUAUCAACAUAUUUGCCUGAAGAUUUGAAAACUGUAUGCCCGCUUAAAUCGCACCCAUCACAUGGCUUCUUGAUCUAGCGGUCGAGUAUGCGUCUCGAAAGGCGGAUGUAUCGCUUGAUAGCUUGAAUGUCUGUAUCACAUCGCUCACCCUACCACUGUGAAGUUCUUCAACAGGAA